AUUUUUUUGCUGGGCUGUAAGCAGCAGCAGCAUUGACAUUAGUUUUUGGGGCUUUAAGGGGGUAGGACUAGCUUAGUUCUUGUAGGGGGUUUUGUUUAGUGGUUUGUUUUGUUUCUGUGGGAUUUUUUUCCUUUCCCUGCACCAUUCUCCUUCUCAAAGGUUAAAGUAAUUCUUUAGCCUCAGGGAGUCUGCAGGAUUUUUGGUGCUUUCGAGAGCUGCACAGGCCACCCUAGAUGGAAACUGAAGAGAACUCCAGCGUUCCUAAGACAUUCUGAAACUCUAGGCUGAACCAUGUGCUAGUUUGUAACAGUGCUUAAAGAAAAAUGAAUACUGCCUCAACUUCAGAAAGUGGAUCACAUUCCACAAACCACUCAAGACCCUUUUUUUAUGCGCAGCCAUCAUCUCAGCAGCCUUAUCCAAGUCCGUGGUACCUCAGUCAUGUGUACAGUCCAUACUGUGUACCUGCUCCAGGCUUCCGAAGCGGAAAUCCGUAUUUUCCAUUUUAUUCUGUUGCGCUCCAUGAGUACCCUGGAUUUUUUGUUCCACAGCAUCCAUUGCAUGCAAGAAUUAACAGAAGGCCUUAUUUUAAUGCUGUCCCACCUUCCCCUAUGUUUUAUCAUGCAACAAGAUUCAGACAUUAUAAUAGCCCUGGGAAGAAAAUGGAGACAAAAGAAACACAGACUGAUCCUAGACAGCCUGAAAGCAAGCAAAAAAAGCAUCAAGAUAUCCGUACAGAAACGAAAGGUUGUGAUGCAGGAAAUACAGCCUGUGUUUCUCCUGGUAUAGGUACAGAGAUUGAAAGUACUUCAGAGAAACAAGAUUCAUUUGGCUCUCCUAUUGUGGUAGACAGAGAGUUUCAUAAUAAGAACCCUGCCAACUCUACAUCAUAUAGAAAUCUUCCUACUGGAAGCUAUGCCUUUGAGAAGGAAGAAGUGAGGAUAGAAUAUGGAAAUGGCUCUCCAGCUAUUCAGCUGUGGAAGUCCUUUAAAGAAACAAUCCCGUUGUAUGAUGUGGCAAGUGGUAAACCUGUUCCAGAGAAUGUAGUGCCGCAUGACUUGUUUUCUGUUAGCUCAUGUGAAGGCAUGAUAUAUGGCCCUCGUGAAGGGGAGAAUAUGCUGCCAGGAGCUUCCUUAGAUGAGAGAAAAGCUGUUGUCACCUCCAAACAGAGUGCUGAAACUGUGCAAGAGAAAGAUGUCCAAAACAAUGAAGUGAAGUUGGAUGCAGAAAAGCUGGCAAAAUCCCCCCCAGGUGAAACCAUGGCAGUACAAAUCACAGAGCUGGCAAGAUCUGUUGGUGUAGAUCAGCCAGUGGUGAUAGCUAAGAAAUCUAGUACUAAAAAGUCUGCGGGAUCAAAAACUUAUCAAGAAGAGCCCAGCUUUAUUCAACAAGCAGAACUACUGCCAUCUAAUAUGGAGGUAAUGAGUGACUUUCAGCAGAAAAAGCUGAAUUUAAGCCACAGUGCAACCAAUGAAAGUCAGACAGAAAAAAGUAUUUGGUGUGACAAAUCGAUUGAGAAGUUUGCUCCCUCUAGCACCUGGCUGGUUUGUUUGGACAGUAUGGACACAAACUACAAUGUUUGUUUGCCACAAAGGAAGCAUCAAAGUGUAAUCAGUCUGUCUUCUGAUGACAUGUCCUCUAGAGAGGAAGGCUCAUCAAUUGAUAAUGCCCCAGUGUCUUGUUUUGUGCCUGACUAUGUGCUUCAGAAAAGCAUGUAUACUUUUCAGAAAAGUACAGAGAAAUCAGAGAAAGAGCAAAUUAAAAGUGGUGGGUCCCUCAAUGUAGAUGAAGUGGUAGGAAAGGAACAAGUGAACAGCUUGAAUGACCAAGAUGUCAACUCUUCAAACACAAAGAUCAAAGAGGCUUCCAGUAAAGGCAGAAAGCUGGGAGCCCUUUCUAGGUCCUCUAGCAGGAAAGAAAUUGAUUCUCUCAAUAAAAAAGCAACUAAGAGUUUGUCAGAAGUUGAGGACUCUGAAGAAUAUUCUGUGGAGGGAGAAGAGGAUGAUGAAGAUGGAGAGGAUGAGUAUGAGGAGGAAGAGGAUGACAACAUGGAUGAAAUUGAGUAUUUCUUUCAAGAAGCCCCCCAAUAUGGUAUCUUGAGGCCAAGUAAAGGAAAUAUCUACCAAGUUGGCCAGAGAGUGCUUUGGAAACCACCUAAAAAUGCUGUGCCAGCACAAUUAAUUAGCUGGCCUGCUCAAGAGAAAACAAAAACUAGGAGUGGGCUUGUUGAAAACAUUGGUGUAGUUUACAAGCCAAAAAAGAGAGAACAAGAUGAAGCUGUACACAGUGACUAUGGGUAUUAUGGAAGAAAGAGGCCUAUGACAAGAAGAGAAGAACUCGAACACCAGAGAAUGCUACGGAAAUUCUUGGGAGGAAGGCUGUUAAGGGAGAACAUGGGGAUACCACCUGAAGAGUACUGGAUUAGAAGUGGUGCUAAACCCAGAUUUACCAGCCAAAUACGUGGUAGUUUCUCACCUCCAGCAAAGAGCAAAGAACAAGUGUGCUCAACUUUGGUUAAACCAAAGAAGAAAAGAAUGGGCAAGCCACCUUCAAAACGCAGAGACAGAAGACAUGAGGUGGAAGAAGUAGAACUGUGGGAGCUGCCUAAGCACAGUGUAAACAAAGGGCAUGGAACAAGGAAGUCCCUCUCUAAGAAAAGAUAAUUGCAAAUAUUGGGGCAGAAGAGGGGGGGAAUACCAAAGAUUUGUUUUGUAUAAUUCCAAGAUUUGAUUAUUAUUCUCAUGUAUAUUUUGUAAGUUGCUGUUCAUUCUAAAAGGGCAAGAAGUGACACUGUAAAGACUAAGGACACAAUUAAAAUGGAAUUAAGUAUUUAGCACCAAAGUCACCUUUUUAUAACUAGCCCAUCCACUAUUUAAAAAAUAAAUUUCAUAGAAUUGCA